CCUUCAUCGUCUUCGUCUCAUCCCCACACGUUUGUUAUUGUCCUCCAAUUCUCCAAGUCUUCGCUCUCGUUCAUCAUCUCCAAACUUACGCGCACUAUCCUAUACUUCUCAAACCUCGGGUUUCCGCUCACGUCGGUCGUCUUUGAGAAUACAUUGCACACCCCUUCCUCACCUCUCGCUUGUCCCUCCUUAGCCGCCACUGCUUUGACUUCCCUUGCAUCUCAUGCCACCUCAACCUCAACUCUAUCCCGGCUCUCCAGACAGCAGAGCAUGGACUCCAAUCGGAGAGACUUCAAAUCAGCUCAUCGUUUAUCACCCUCCAUCACACGCUAUCCAGGUGCUUCCUCACCCUCGCAGCACCCCGUCUCACUCUUCGUCAUCGAGGCAGCUUCGCAUCUUGCCAACUGCAAGUAGUGAUACCAAACCCGACCGCUUGAAUGACCCUGAUAAGUGUCCCCUGUGCGGCCACGAACGCAUGUCGAUCUCCCAAGUGGGCGACGACUUGCCACCAAGGUCUGACCAGGAAGGAACCGCAGAAGGGCACUACUUUCGCGUACUCGAACGCGCCCAUGAAUCUAGCCGCCCAGGGACGCCAAGCUCAGCAAGGAGGGGCGGCUCUCCUCAUUCACAUCCCGCAACGCCUCCAAGGAAUGGCGAUUAUUGUCCAGACGAGGAUUCCUCGAAUCUUCCGGCCAUGGGUUACUAUCGUCGCUUCUUCAAGGAAGAGAGACGUCUAGGAAUUGGAGCGGAAGGCAGCGUUUUCCUGGCCACGCACAUUAUUGGUGGCAACGUGCUCGGGACGUACGCAGUAAAGAAGAUAGCGGUCGGUACAUCAAAAGAUUAUCUUGUGCGCAUCUUGCGCGAAGUGCGUCUGCUCGAGACUCUACGUCAUCCCAACAUCAUUCCUUACUAUCAUUCCUGGGUGGACGAAACCCAGUUUUCCGCAUUUGGCCCGCCGAUCCUUGCGCUUCACGUCCUCAUGAUGUACGCAACCGCUGGGAACCUUGACGCGUUUCUUCUCAACAGGAGUUACGGUGAUUCCGCUCAACCUCCGACGAGCGCAACGGACGUGGGGGAUUCAGAGAGCAUAGAUCUACUUCCGAAGGCUGAACGUAUCAAGGCUUUCAAGCGCCGUCGGCAAAGCGGCAAUCUCGGCCGCCGGGGCGAGACUCGAGGAGUUCUUCUGCUUGGCCUGGAAGAGAUUCUCAAGCUCUUCGGCGAUAUCGUGUCUGGUCUCGCUUUUUUGCACUCUAACUCUAUCCUGCAUCUGGACCUCAAGUGCUCGAAUGUUCUGCUCUAUUGGGAAGAAGGAGAGGUUAUCCCAAAAGCUCUACUGUCUGACUUCGGUACAUCGGAGGAGAUGCUGCGAGGCCGUCGGGAGCGGACAGGUCACACAGGUACCAUGGAGUACAUGGCGCCGGAGACCAUUGUGACCGACAAGAGCGGCAACUGGAGGCCCUCGGAUUCUCAUGCUGAUAUGUGGUCGCUGGGAAUGGUGCUCCACAAACUCCUGUUCCUUCGUCUGCCCUACGAGUUUACCGAAGAUCUGCAGAGGUUGCACACUGAGAUCGUUGCCUACCCCGGAUUCGAGGCGACCACCGAUCUUGUGGAGACUUGCGAGAGGCGACAUAUCCCUCGCAAUAUGCUGUUGCUUCUCGAAAAGCUCCUUCACCUCUCUCCCGAUCAGCGUCCUAGUGCCGAGCGCGUUCGACUGGCCAUCGAUGCCCUCCGAAACACAUCUACACGUAGGAGUGGCAGUAGCCUCUGGCGUAAAAAGGGAAGCGGCUCAAAUGCCAAAGCUUCAGAACACCCCCGCAAUUAUCAGAAGCCUCAUCCCGCGUUUAGCUCACCGGUGCGCGGUAUACUGGCGCUUCCACCACCUUUUGAAAAUGAUACAACCGAGGAGCAGAUGCCCGUCCACAGGGCAGGUCGCUCAACGUCAGAGCUCACUCGCGGGGUUCUGUUCAUAGUCAAAGUUCUCAGUUUGCAGCCUCGUUUAGGUGGAGCUGAGCUGCCCCCGCCCGUGGUGUUGGUGUUACUCGCGAUGGGGAUGUGUGAUUUGUUGGUGCCGGGAAUUGGCGUGGAGUGGACCGCUGGACUGUGCGUUGUACAUGUGGGUGUGAUUGCUGGUUGUAGGAUGUGGAGAUAA